AUGGGAGGGUAUAACUUCGGCGAGAUGCACAUUUUUGAUCAAACUUCUGAUACGGAACUGACUCCUGUAAAAAUUUUCAAUGCGGCUACAGGCUUCGAAAAAUUAGUAGAGGAGAUUAUUGUUCGUGAAUCCAUACGCUACGCUCAUCAAAAUGGAAGAUCUUUUACCUUGACUGAUGAAGAAGCCAAAGCUUUCUUCGGCAUGAACUUUCUGAUGGGGUAUCAUUGUUUACCUACAUUCAGGAGCUAUUGGUCUACAGAUCCUGACAUGGGAAUUCCUUACAUUGCUAAUGUGAUGCCUAUAAACCGCUUUGAAGAAAUACAUACGAACUUGCAUUUUAGUGACAAUUCUAAUGAACUAAUAGAACCGAUCCGUCUUAUGAUAGAGCAUUCAAAAUACGACCUGUUAUAG